GACCUUGAGCUGCUUCCCCCGCCUUCUCCAUCCGGGUGCUGCAACGCGGAUAAGAGCCGAACCGCGCCUGCGCGCCCAGCCCCACUGCGUCGACCUCUGCCGCCGCCGCUGCCGCCGCCACCUAGGGAAGAGAGGAAGCGGGAGAGGAGCCCACGCCGCCUGUCACCACGUCCAGCAGCCGCCACCAGGGAAGAUGUUCGCCUGCGCCAAGCUCGCCCGCACCCCCGCUCUGAUCCGAGCUGGAUCCAGAGUUGCAUAUAGACCAAUUUCUGCAUCAGUGUUAUCUCGGCCAGAGGCUAGGACUGGAGAGGGCUCUACAGUAUUUAAUGGGGCCCAGAAUGGUGUGUGUCAGCUGAUCCGCAGGGAGUUUCAGACCAGUGCAAUCAGCAGAGACAUUGAUACUGCUGCCAAAUUUAUUGGUGCAGGUGCUGCAACAGUAGGAGUUGCUGGUUCUGGUGCUGGUAUUGGAACAGUCUUUGGCAGUCUUAUCAUUGGUUAUGCCAGAAACCCUUCACUGAAGCAGCAGCUGUUCUCAUAUGCUAUCCUGGGAUUUGCCUUGUCUGAAGCUAUGGGUCUCUUUUGUUUGAUGGUUGCUUUCUUGAUCUUGUUUGCCAUGUAACAGAAAUUACUGCCUGAAAUGUUGGCAUUCAUAGUAAUUACGGAUGUAAUUCUGUGUAUCUUACUGUGACUCCGAAAACUAGUGUUGGUGUCAUGGAAAUGUACGUUAUUUCCAAAGUCAUUUCAUUAAAGAUGAAAACUUUAA